AUGCUGCACCGCACCCCUCAUCCGUCCUGCUCCAGCCUCGCUGCCUCCAAGCGCGGGGUAUUCGCACUAACGUUCGGUAGCUACGUGUUGUUCCACGCCAGUCGCAAGAGCUUCUCCGCGAUCAAGGGCCAAAUGGCGGACGAGGAAUGGCUACACUCAAAGCUCUACCGGCUGCAAGACCAGGCCGAGAUGUUCGGCCUCAUGGAUACACUUUUCAUGGCCUUCUACGCUCUCGGACUCUACAUCAGUGGCGUCUUGGGCGAUAAGUACGAUUUAAAGCUGCUCCUGGCAGGGGGGAUGUGGACCACAGCUGCUAUCCUGCUUCUGUUCGGCCUUGGCGCACUAGCUAACGUGCAUGCACUGGAGUUCUAUGCUGCUUUAUGGGCCUUAAACGGUCUAAUACAGUCUAGUGGCUGGCCAGCGAAUGUCGCAGUCAUGGGCAAGUGGUUCAAUCGGUCCGAGCGGGGAGCAGUGCUCGGGAUCUGGAGCGGGAAUGCCUGUGUGGGCAACAUUGCAGGCACGGCGCUCGUGACGCUCUUGUUUCUGCUCGUGGCGGAGAAAGUGGCUUGGAAACUCGCUCUUGUCGUGGUUGCAGCGCUUGUAGCAGGAUAUGGACUGGUGCUGUACUUGUUCUUGUACCCGGACCCGACAGAGGUGCCGUAUUAUCCCGAGAUACUGGAAGAUGCCAAGCCAGGAAGAGCCAAGAAAUUGGAGGAAGAGGAGGAAGAAGGAGAUGGGGUUGUGGUGUGUGAAGAGCGGGCGGGUAGAGGCAUUGGAUUUGUAGAGGCGUGGUGUAUUCCGGGGGUUCUUCCGUACUCGCUGUCGUAUGCCUGCUUGAAGUCGGUCAAUUACGCACUAUUUUUCUGGAUCCCGUUCUACCUGACAGUGUCGCUGCAAAUGGGGAACUCGGAGGCGGGGUCGUUUUCGAUGUUGUACGAUGUGGGACAAAUCGUGGGUGGCUUUGUCGGUGGAAUGGUGUCCGACAAGAUGGGCGUGCGGUCUCCCGUUGUUGUGGUUAUGCUGCUGUUCUCUUGCAUCACGUUAUAUUUCUUAGAUGGAGCUUCGUACGAUAUGACUGCGCUGCUACUGCUGACAUCGGGGUUCAUGCUCGGCGGCCCGGCAAACCUGAUCAGCACUGCAAUCUCUGCAGACCUAGGCACUCACGAGAGCAUUCGGGGCAAUGCGGAGGCGUUGUCGACUGUUACUGGCAUUAUCGAUGGAACGGGCAGCGUUGGCGCCGCUCUUGUGCAGUACGUUGUGGGAUACUUGGCCGCUUGCCAUUACGAGCCGAGAGGGUGCGAUCCAAAAAGCGCGGGCUGUGUGCAGGUCUGUUCGUGGAGUCCAGUGUUUCUCUUGCUUGAGGUGGGCACCCUUCUGUCGUGUGUAUGCCUAGCUCAACUGCUGUACCACGAGUUGGUGGUCGUUACUAGCCGUUCCCGAUAG